AUGCUUUUAAACCAGCUGAAAGAGAUCACAGGAAUUCAAGAUUCAGCUUACCUCCACGCCACUCUAAAGGCUGCCAAUGGAGACCUCAUGGAAGCAGUCACCUUCCUGACUGAGGAGCACGCUCAGGAGCCAGCUCGGGACGCGGCUGCCACGGAGCCAUCAGCUUGGGAAGGAAGUGCUGUGGGCAAACAGCUCCCACAAGAUGUUACUGCUGCUCUUACCCCUAACAACGGAGAUGACCUUGGCACACUUGAUGCCUUCAGACCACUGGAACCUCCAAAAUCUCAGGCUGCAGAACGAGAUGCUGCUGAAAGACCACAGGAAGUGCUGUCUGCUGAAUACAAAAAUCGCUCCAAAAGGAAACGCUGUGAAGUCUGGGGAGAGAACCCCAAGCAGAACAACUGGAGAAGAGUGGGUGACUGGCCUGUUGGAAUGAAAAAUAUUGGAAAUACGUGUUGGUUUAGUGCUGUCAUACAGUCGCUGUUCCAGUUGCCUGAGUUUCGGAGGCUGGUCCUUGGGUACUCCCUCCCACCAAACGUGCUUGAAAGUUGUCAUAGUCGCACUGGAAAAAGAAAUAUUGCAUUCAUGCAAGAACUUCAGGGUCUGUUUGCUUUAAUGCUGGGGACGCGCCGUAAGUUUGUAGACCCUUCUGCAGCACUGGAACUCCUGAGGGAUGCGUUUAGAUCCACUGGAGAACAGCAGCAAGAUGUGAGUGAAUUUACACACAAACUCCUGGACUGGCUGGAGGAUGCAUUCCAGCUUGCUGUUAAUGUCAAGAGCCCCGGGGACAAAUCUGAAAACCCAAUGGUACAACUUUUCUAUGGGACUUUUUUGACUGAGGGUGUCCAUGAGGGCAAUACCUUUUCCAAGAUCGAAGCCUUUGGUCAGUACCCCCUCCAGGUAAAUGGUUAUCGAAACUUAAAUGAGUGCUUGGAAGGAGCCAUGGUGGAGGGCGAGAUGGACCAGGCAGCAGCAUCUCAGUCCAGGACGUAUGGACAGGAGCGCUGGUUUACAAAACUCCCACCAGUACUGACCUUUGAACUCUCCCGAUUUGAGUUCAAUCAGUCCCUAGGACAGCCAGAGAAAAUUCACACCAAGCUAGAGUUUCCCCAGACUAUUUAUAUGGACAGGUACCUCUACUGCAGUAAAGAGCUAAUUCAGAUGAAGAGAGAAGAAAUGAAGAGAUUGAAGGAGAAAAUGGUGAUUCUGCAGCAGAAACUGGAGAGGUACAUGAAGUUUGGCUCCGGCCCGGCGCGCUUCCCUCUGCCUGACAUGCUCCAGUACGUGCUUGAGUUCAUUGCCACGAAGCCACCUGGGGCUGUGUCUUCUGCUCAGGGCUCUCAGACAACACUCCUGCAGUCCCAGGCUGAGCCCCAUGAUUUCGAUAUGCUUUCACAGCCAAAUGGCAUACUGCAAAGGAAGGAUGCUGGGACUGAAGAUGCAGCUUCCUUUUUGGCAAACCCCUUACCAGAGCUAAAACUGACUUCACUCCAGCCUUCUGGUUCACCAGCAGAGAUGUUGGAACAUCCAGCCCCUCGCGUGGUUUCUGAGGAAGAGCUGAACCUUGUCCGGACGUGCCUGCAGCGCUGGAGGAACGAGAUUGAACAAGACAUGCAAGAUCUGAAGGAGUCUAUUGCCCAAAUCAACUUGGCCAUAGAACAAAUGUACUGUGAUCCUCUCCUCCAGCAGGUUCCGUACCAUCUGCACGCUGUCUUGGUACAUGAGGGGCAAGCAAAUGCUGGUCAUUACUGGGCCUACAUAUACGACCAGCCUCGAAAAUGCUGGCUCAAAUACAACGACAUCUCAGUGACAGAGUCAUCGUGGGAAGAGCUGGAGAGAGAUUCGUUUGGAGGCUUGAGGAAUGCCAGUGCCUACUGCCUGAUGUACAUCAGCGAUAAGGUGUCCCACUUGGUUGCAGAAAAGGAUGAUGGCUCAGAGCUUGGGCAGUUUCAGAAAGAAGUUGAAGCCUUGCCCCCAGAGCUGAGACACUACAUCCAGGAGGAUAACUGGCGCCUCGAGCAGGAGGCAGAGGAAUGGGAGGAGGAGCAGUCUUGCAAGAUUCCUCAGAUGGAGCCUUCACCUGCUUCCGAAUCACAGGACCUCUCUUCUGAAUCAGGACCAGAUCAGUCCUCAGCCUGUGAGCAGAGCGUGCGCUCCCUGUCCUCCGAGCAUGCCAGAAUUGCCAAGGAGCAGACUGCCAAGGCCAUCGCCAACACUGCCGACGCCUACGAGAAGAACGGCGUGGAGGCAGCUCUGUGCGAGCCCAAGGAGGUAGAGCCAGCGAAGGCCCAGCCGAGAGAAACAGCCCUCACAGUUCAGGCAGAGCCACCCCAGGAUGCUAAGGAAACAGAGUCUGCUGCCCAAGCUAGCUCUCAGGUCUCUGAAGUGGAAAUUCCCAGUGUGGGGAAGAUUCCCGUUAGGUCCGAUGCAGAUGGAUAUAAUGAAGAGGUGAUGCUGAGUCCAGCCAUGCAAGGUGUCAUCCUGGCUAUUGCAAAAGCCCGCCAGACCUUUGAUCGUGAUGGGUCUGAAGCAGGGCUUGUGAAGGCGUUCCAUGAAGAGUAUUCCCGGCUCUACCUGCUGGCCAAAGAGACCCCGACCCCGCAGAAUGAUGCCCGGCUGCAGCACGUGCUCAUCUACUUCCUGCAGAACAACGCUCCCCAGCAGGUGGUGGAACGGACCCUUCUGGAGCAGUUUGCAGACAAGAACCUCAGCUAUGAUGAAAGGUCCAUCAGCAUAAUGAAGGUAGCACGAGCAAAGCUGAGAGAGAUUGGUCCUGAUGACGUCGAUAUGGGGGAGUACAAGAGGUGGCACGAAGACUACAGCCUUUUCCGCAAGGUGUCAGUUUACCUGCUGACAGGGUUGGAGCUGUACCAGAAUGGAAAGUACCAGGAGUCGCUCACCUAUCUGGUCUACGCCUACCAAAGCAACACCAAGCUGCUGCUGAAAGGAGCCAACCGAGGAGUUAACGAGUCACUGAUUGCCUUGUACAGGAGGAAGUGUCUCCUGAAGCUGAACGAGGUGGCAGCAUCUCUGUUUGUAAGCUGUGAAGAAGCUCGUGUGGCAGAGGGCAUUAGCAUCUUGAAUGAGCUGAUCAUCCCCUGCAUGCACCUCAUGAACAACUUUAAGAUCACCAAAGAGGACCUGGAUGCCAUUGAGGUCAUGAGGAACCGCUGGUGCUCCUAUUUGGGUCGAGAGGACAUGGACGCAAAGCUGCAGAUGAAGCUGGGCGAAUUGCUGCCCCGGCUCCUGGACAGCUCCUCUGGGGUGAUCGUGCUGAAGGAGCCCCCCAAGAUCCGGCCCAACUCCCCCUACGACCUCUGCAGCCGCUUUGCAGCCGUGAUGGAGUCCAUCCACGGUGCCUCGGCCGUGACGGUGCAGUAG